AUGAAGUCGUUCACUACCGCCGCGGCCGUUGUCGCCCUUGGCUCUCUCGCCUCUGGAAAGAAGUGCGCGAACAUCACUGUCCCCGUGACGGUGAACGCCAGGAACGCCGUGUUCGACAAGGCGGCAUUGACGCCCCACUCCAACAUUGAUGUCACCAACUUCAUCUUGAACCUCUCGCAGCAGGGCCACAACUACACCCAGGAGCAGCUCAAGGGCGUAAGUUCCUCUGGACACCCCGCUUCUUGCCUAUCCUGAUUGAUCUUUUCUCCAGUACCAAAACGUCGAGGGCACCUACCAUCUGGCCACGACAUACUGCUACCCUGAUUCCGGAGCUCCUUCCACUGUGCAGCUGCUCACCCACGGUAUUGGUUUCGACCGCAGCUACUGGGACAUUCCAUACGACAACUACCAGUACUCAUACACCAACGAGGCGGUAGACAAGUAUGGCUACGCCACCUUCUCCCACGACCGUCUUGGCAUUGGCAUGUCCCAGCACGGCGAGCCCGUCAACGAGAUCCAGGCCAUGCUGGAGAUCCAGGCUCUCCGCAUGCUGACCUACGGCCUCCGCAACGGCACCAUUCCCGGCGUGCCCAGCUUCAAGAAGGUCGUCCACAUCGGACACUCCUUCGGCUCCGUGCAGACGUACGCUCUGACUGCCCUCUACCCAACCAUCUCCGACGGCAUCGGCUUGACCGGCUUCUCCCAGAACGGCACCUUCCUGCCCUUCUUCGAGCUCGGCGGCGACUUCGUCCAGGCCAACACGAACGCCAAGCUCGCCGACUACCCAGACGGCUACCUGGCCUCCGCCACCCCCUCUGCCGUCCAGACCAACUUCCUGGCACCCAACGCCUUCGACCCCAACAUCCUCCCCUUCGCCUUCGCCAACGGCGAGCCCGUCACCAUCGGCGAACUGCUCACCAUCGGCGGCGCCGCCGCUUCCAAGAACGAACUCAAGGCCCCCGUCCUCAUCAUCACCGGUGAGCGCGACGUGCCCUUCUGCGGUGGCGACUGCUACAAGGCCCCGACCGGCUACAGCAGCAUCCCCGAGACUUCCAAGGCCAUGCUCCCCAACGCCGCGCCCUUCCAGGUCACCAUUGUCCCCGGCACCGGGCACGGCUUGAACCUGCAGUACACCUACCAGUUCACGUACAAGACCAUCAACGACUUCUUCGUCGCCAACGGUGACGGCCCCAACGCUGCUGCUUCUGCUGCUCCCGCCCCAGCCGGUAAGGGUGCUGACUCGGGUAAUCCGAACAACGCGUGGUCUUACGCCGACCACGGGAACCACCAUGAGGGAGGGUGGUAA